GAGCCUGCCACGUCCAUGUAAUUAUUUUUCGCACACAGCAAGCUUGCGCCCACCGCCCCAACCCCGGAAUCCCCAAUUCGAGUCCCUAUCCUACCACCUCUUGAUCUCAUCCUCCAACCCUCGAUGGAUCCUGCCGCCGCCGGCGCACGGCGGCAGGCGGAGAAGUGGAUGACGGUGGCCGAGAAGCUCCUCAUGGCACGGGACCUCGAGGGCUGCAAGGAGUUCUCCUCCCAGGCCCUCGCCGCCGACCCCCGUACUCCGGGCGCCGAGGAUCUCCACGCCGCCGCCGACGUCCUCCUAUCCGCCCAGCGCCGCCGAAUCCCCAACGGCCUGCCCGAUCCCUACGCUGUUCUUGGGCUCGACCCUGCCACCCCUGCUUCCCGCGACCGGGACGCUAUCCACUCCCACUACCGCCGCCUCUCCCUCCUCCUCAACCGAUCCCAGCCCGACCGCCCCUGCUCGGUCUCCAUCGCAGAAGCUGCCGGCCUCGUCGCCGAAUCCUGGGCCUUCCUCUCCGACGCCGAACUUAAAUCCGCCCUCGACACCGAAUUGGAUGCCGCUGCAGCUCGCGCUUACCACUCUCCCGCUCCGAUUCAACAGCAACAUGCGCAGCCACCGCCGCCCCCACAGCGGCGGAGUCCGCUACGGGCAGCUCCCCAGCCAGUGAAGCACGCCGGAGCAGCGGUCCCGCCAGUGAAGCCCGCCGGAGCAGCGGUCACGCCAGUGAAGUCUGGCACGUUGCCUUCGACAUUCUGGGCGGUGUGCAGGGCCUGCUGCCACAUUCACCAGUACGACCGCCUCUAUGAGGCACGCAGACUGAAGUGCUCUAGCUGCCGCCAGCCGUUUGUAGCCGAGGCAAUGGCCGAGCCACCGCCAAUUGUUCCGGGCACUGACAUGUACUAUUGUACCUGGGGUUUCUUCCCCAUCGGGUUCCCUGGGUGCCCGGGCUUCGAAAAACUGGUUAAUUCGCAGCUGGGGGAACCAGAUCAGCUGAAUCAGCCAUGGCUUGGAGCCAAUGGUGGUGUGGAAGCCAAUGGUGAGAUUGGUGUUGAUAAUGGGACGCCCGUUAGUGCUGCAGUGGAGAUACCAGAGGCGCCGGAACCUUUAAUGCGCAUGAGAGUGGGUGUGCCAGCCGCACCGGAACCUGUAAUGCACACGAGGGUGCAGGUGCCAGCCAUGCCAGAACCUGUAAUGCCCAUGAGAGUGAACUCAGUGAAGGUGGGGGCAAAGAAGCGUGGUCGACCCAAGGGCAGCAAGAACAAGAUGAAAUCGUGACUGAUAGUGAUGAAGAUGGAUUGAAUGACAAGAUCAUUGAUCAGCCUGGUUAGUCGGGCUAUUCAUUUGAUCCUGUUGUUGUCUUUGACUGAAGCAUUCAUGUGUAGGUUGAAUGCUCCUUUCGCCUUCGUUGCUGACAUUAUCUUACAUUAGGAGCAUGGCAAUUCUUCGAGAUGGCAGAAAUCCUUUGAUCCUGACCUGUGCUACCUUUCUUGCCAUUAUGCUUUAGGUAUUAGCUGUUGUAUGUUGUCCAAUUUCAUGAUUCUCCUUUAGCUAGCCGUGUGGAUCUAUGAUUAUUGGGGAUUCCUAUUUGAUACUGUGCGCUGUACAUUCAAAUUUGAUGCUAUUAUAUGCUCUAGUCUUCAUAGGGUUGCAUCAAUGAAUAAAAUAGUUUUCUUAUUUCCA